AUUUCUUACGUCAUCCAAGUCUUAAAUCCCUAAAACCUACAGGGGGCUUUCGUUUCGCCCAUCAUCCUACCUUUCAGCCGCUCCCCUGCCGUCGUUUCGUUUCACCUGCUUCGCCGGGAGCUUCGUUUGUCGUCUCCGUCGACAACUUUCACCAACCAGAGUUUUAAAGAGAUGGGCAGCAGUCCAGCGCCAUUUUCAGAUAUUGGACGACGUGCUAGAGAUCUUUUGAUUAAAGAUUUCAACUAUGACCAGAAGAUCUUACUAUCUAUCCCAAGUUCUAGUGGACUGGGGAUUACAGCUAGUGGUGUAAAGAGAGAUGAUGUUUUUGUUGGUGAUAUAAGCACUCAACAUAAGUCUGGAAAUACAACUGUGGAUUUGAAAGUUGAUACCUAUUCAAAUGUUUCAACCAAGGUAACUUUGAAUGAUGUCUUUUCAUCUACAAAAGUGGCAUUUGGUUUCAGCAUACCUGAUCACAAAUCUGGAAAGCUUGAAGUACACUAUGCUCAUCCCCAUGCAGUGAUCAAUUCUAGUAUUGGCUUGAAUCCAUCCCCUCUAUUGGAUGUUGCUGCUGCAAUCGGCACUAAGGAUAUAGCCAUCGGGGGUACAGUUGGUUUUGAUACUGCUACUUCAUCUUUCACAAAGUAUGACGCCGGGAUCAGUUUGAACAAGCCUGACUUUUCUGCCGCAGUCAUACUGACGGACAAGGGACAGACUCUUAAGGCAUCCUACGUUCACACCAUUAAUCCUUUCAACGGAAAUGAAGUUGGUGUUGAAAUGAUCCACAGAUUCUCCACGUAUGAAAACAGCUUCAGCAUUGGAAGUUCUCACCGAAUUGAUCCCCUCACGGCAGUAAAAGCCAAAUUCUUCGAUAACGGAAAGGUGGCGAUGCUGUGCCAACGGGAAUGGAGGCCCAAAUCGUUUGUAACUGUAUCAGCCGAGUAUGACUCGAAGUCCACUAAAGCUUCACCAAAGUUGGGUCUUGCCUUAGCUCUCAAGCCUUGAACCAGUUUGAAAGGGCCAGAUCAUUGUGUUUUUGUGAUCUAAAGUCUAAAAUCGCACCAUAAUGGUGAUUUUAAAUUUUCCAGGUGGAAGAAUUAUUAUCAGCGCAUUUAUAAACUGUUAGCAUCCUCUCUUGGAGUUUAGACCCAAUUUUGGUGGAUGAUGAUUACUAAAAAAUGAAGACGCUAAUCAUAUGACACAAUUUGUGAUAAGCUGAGCAAGAAAAAAACUUGUAUCAUUCUUAAAAUUCGAAAUUGCCGGGAAUGGCAAAAACUAGUAUUCAUUUCUCUCUUCUUCAUGCCUGUACAUUCGUUGAUGCCCAUUAUUAUUCAAUAUGCUUCCGCUUUAUAAAAAU